UGCAAUUUUCGUCGGAAACCCUGAAUCUUUCGCCGGAAAAAAUGGAGCUUUUCAAGCUUUUCUUGAUGUGUUUCCUCUGGUUUGGAGCAAAUGCCGUUGUUCUUGAAGAUGAUAGAAGAGCAUUGUUGGAUUUCAUAACCAAUCUUCCACAUUCUCGUUCGUUAAACUGGGAUUCAAGCUCAACUCAUGUGUGUAAUCAGUGGACUGGAGUCACGUGCAGUGAAGAUGGGUCACGUGUUGUCGGUCUCCGGUUACCCGGAGUUGGGUUUCACGGUCGUAUUCCGGCCAACACCAUCGGCAAACUCUCGGCUUUGCAGAUCUUGAGCCUCAGAUCUAAUGGUAUUUCUGGCCAAUUUCCGGUGGAUUUCUAUAAUCUCAAGAACUUAUCGUUGUUGUAUCUUCAAUUUAACCAAUUUUCUGGUCCAUUGCCUCUUGAUUUCACCGUUUGGAAGAAUUUAACGAUCGUUAAUCUUUCGAAUAACGAGUUCAAUGGGUCGAUUCCGGUUUCGAUUUCGAAAACCCAUCUUUCUGCUUUGAAUCUUGCUAACAAUUCGUUAAUUGGGGGGAUUCCUGAUUUGGGUGUUUCUGAUCUUCAAGUUCUUGAUCUUUCGAACAAUCAUCUCACCGGAUUCGUUCCGAAAUCACUCGAGAAGUUCCCGAAAUCGGCGUUUUUCGGUAACAAUUUGUCAAUGGUUUAUUCGAGUAAUGAAGUUCCGAUAGUUAUGCCUACUCGUAAGCCGGAUUCGAGCUCCAAAAACGGCGGAAAAUGGAGUGAAAGAGCUCUUUUAGCGACGAUUGUGGCUGUUUCCGCCGUUGUUUUUACGGGUUUCGCGAUCUUUUGGGUGAUUUGUUGCUUAAAGAAGAACAAUGGUGACGGGAUUUCUUCGAAGCUCGAAAAAGGCGGGAUGUCGCCUGAGAAAGCGAUUUCUCGAACCCAAGAUGCGAAUAAUCGAUUGGUUUUCUUUGAGGGUUGUAGUUAUGCAUUUGAUUUGGAAGAUCUUUUGAGGGCUUCUGCUGAGGUUUUGGGGAAGGGUACGUUCGGGAUGUCGUAUAAGGCGAUUUUAGAAGACGGGACUUCGGUUGUGGUGAAACGGUUGAAAGAAUUGAGCGUCGGGAAACGGGAGUUCGAGCAGCAGAUGGGGAUCAUUGGGAGUAUUAAGCACGAGAAUGUGAUCGAAUUGAGGGCGUAUUACUACUCGAAAGACGAGAAGCUUACGGUUUGCGAGUAUUAUGGCGAAGGAAGUGUUGCCGCGAUGUUACAUGGUAAGAGAGGGGAGGAUCGGGUUCCGUUGACGUGGGAUACCCGACUCCGGAUCGCGAUCGGUGCCGCCCGUGGCAUCGCUCGGAUCCAUGCCGAGACUGGCGGCAAGCUCGUCCACGGCAAUAUCAAGUCGUCAAACGUGUUCUUGAAUCCUCAAAGUUAUGGAUGUGUCUCUGAUGUUGGUUUGUCGACCAUCAUGUCUCAAAUCGCCGCCCCGAUUGCCCGUGCCGCGGGUUAUCGGGCGCCGGAAAUUACCGACACCCGAAAGGCUACCCAGCCGUCGGAUGUCUAUAGCUUUGGUGUGCUGUUACUCGAACUUCUAACCGGUAAGUCACCGGUGCACACCACAAGCGGCGAUGAGGUCAUCCAUUUGGUCCGGUGGGUCCACUCGGUGGUCCGGGAAGAGUGGACCGGUGAGGUUUUUGAUGUGGAAUUACUAAAAUACCCCAACAUCGAGGAGGAGAUGGUGGAGAUGUUGCAGAUUGCGAUGUCGUGUGUGGCGAGAGUAGCAGAUCAGAGACCGAAAAUGACGGAAGUCGUUAAAAUGGUGGAAGACGUUCGACGGAAUGCGGAAUCGGAGAGUCGGCCGUGCUUGCCGGAAAGUUCGUCACGGGUACCACCGGAUGUUCUCGAGAAAUGAUCUCCGAUUGCCGGCCGGUGGUUCUUUCAUUAUCUCGAUGAAUUAAUUUCUAAUACUUCCAUUCCAUGUCAUCAUUUUGUGUUGUAUUGUUGCAAAGUUUUUAUGAUAUUAGUUUUGUAUGCAAGAUUUAAUUUUAAUU